CACACCUAUCCACAGCCCUCACAUUCGAGCAGAAGGAAAAAACUAGUUCCAGAAUACCAGGCAGCCGACCAACCUCCCAACCAAUCUCUAAAAGCUGACUCCAGUGCAACCUAAGAUCCAGUCAGUCGCAGGACGUUCGUGGGAGAGGAUGGAGGCACGCUCAGGCAAAAAGACACAGGUGCUGGUGUGGCUGUUGGCGCUGUUGCUCUCCGUGGAGGCGACCGCCAAGGGGGGAGGGGGAAAAGGGAAAGGGAUAGGAAUAGGGGGCGGAGGCUUCGGGGGCCACGUGAUCGCCCCGCCCAUCGCGCCACGCAUACCCCCGCCAAAGAUCCAUGUCAACCCCGUCCCCGUGCCCGUGAAGCCCUGCUACCCCGUCACUAAGCAGAUUACCGACUUCAAGCAGCUGGAUAAUUAUGUGACCUUCUACAAGACCCAGGUGCAGCCCGUCGUCGUGACCACCACUCUCUACCGCACCAGCUACGUCACGCAGGAUGUCCAAGCCACCAGCCUCCUCAUUACUACCGUUCGCACCACAGAGUUCCAAACCGAAAAUUCGGUGGCUAUCAUAACGGACUACAAGACCGUCACCACUGUCCAGAAGGUGCCGGUCCUCACCACCGUCACCAGCAUUGACUUCACGCUGCAGCCUCACGUCAUCACCAUCCCCAAGAUCGUGUCGGAGGCCGUGCCGCAGUACUUCACCGACACGGCGGUGGUGACGCACACGGUGUAUAACCAGCCGCGCAUCACCGUCACCAAGGAGUUCCCGUAUCCCUACGACUCUGUCCAGUACAAGCAGGUGACGGAGACCCGGUACGUGACGGAGACGGUCCAAGGCUACCACGGGCCGAGAGUGACAUCCACUGUACUGAGGACGCAGAUCAGCUACUCACCAGUCUACAUCUCCGUCACCCUCACGGACACUGUGCUCUACACCACCACUGUGCUGCAGCCGGUCCGGCAAACAGUGACGGCUACAUGCGGCGGCGGAGGGAGCGGACUGACUGUCAAUUCUUAUGAUAAUCCUUAUGACUAGGAAAAACUCUUACUGUAGAGGUUAGGGUAGCGCAGCAGUAGAGGUCGCAAACACCUGAUUUUGAUGAUCAGGAGGUAAUUCUCGGCCAUUGCACUACUGAGAGGGAGUCCUCUUCUUUAAUCCUAAGGUCGGAAAGCUUUUCCUCCAUCAGGAUGUACAUAUCUUUUCCUUCAUCUUCAUCACACUGAACUCAUUACCCCGUUACCCCACCUCACAACCACGCUAGUCCCCUUGCCGUUAGCUUCCUUUAGUUGAUUUUGGCCCGCCUCUCAGCCCUUCUCUUCACUGGACUCAAGUGACACACAGGGGUCGUCCUUCAGGAGUGGAAUUAUUGUUUCCCCAAACUCACCUUCCUGAUUAACCUAUUUCAGAAUAUCGAUCCCCCCCCCUCCCCUCCGUCCUCUCUCUCUCUCUCUCUCUCUCUCUCUCUCUCUCUCUUCAUAUUUUGAUGUACAAAUAAUAAACACUGUCAAUAAUUUGUUUGUUAUAUUAUAGUUAACAUGUGACAUUCAUGUCAAUUAUUUUUUAAUUAAACUAAUAUAUUUGAAAUAAAAUAUAUGUUUUAA